CCCAAAGCUAAACUUCACAUCUCCUCUAUUGAGCGUUGAAUAUAAAAAAAGAAUCAAGAACAAAGAAAGAGGAUUGAAGAAUGAUUUUCACUGGAGUCAUCCUUUCUGCUCUGGUCAUGCUUCUGCUUACUGACAGUGCUCAGUGCAGAAGAGUCGACUGCAAGUCUGACUGUUGCACAUUUGUGGAGGGCUUUCCUGUGAGACUGAAGGAGCUCCGUUCUGCAUAUAGAGAAAUACAGAGGUUUUAUGAGUCCAAUGAUGACUUGGAACCAUUAUUGAAUGAAAAUGUGCAACAGAACAUCAAUAGUCCUUAUGGAUGUAACGUCAUGAAUGAGAUCCUGCACUUCUACUUGGACACCAUUCUGCCAACAGCUGUCCAGAAGAACCACUUGCGCUCCACAACACCAAUUGACUCCAUAGGAAAUAUAUUUCAGGAUCUCAAGCGGGAUAUGCGGAAAUGUAGGAAUUACUUUUCUUGCCAAAAUCCCUUUGAGAUCGCCAGCAUAAAGAACUCGUAUGAAAAGAUGAAGGAAAAAGGUGUUUCUAAAGCCAUGGGAGAGCUUGAUAUCCUCUUUAAGUACAUCGAGCAGUAUUUGGCAUCAAAGAGAGUCAAGCACUUAUAGGAUGUCACACUGGAUUAGAUUGUGGCCAUGAUGACUUGAGUCAAGUCUGAAAUAAUGAAGAAUAAUGCAGAAACAAUGGACAGAUCAAGAACAUAAUGUAGGAUAUGGCACAAAUGGACUUCAUCCUUUAACUUAUUGCUUGCACAUCACCAUUCCAUCACACUACUUUUUGAUGCACUGGAAUGCCUUCUUCUUCACCUUUAGUUUCUGGAUGUCACUAUGGCAGUGUUUUAGAUUGAACUAAAACCGUAAAUUGUUGUUUAAGUCACAUUGACCAGGGUUAUUUAAAAAAUUUGUUGCAUUUUGCCAACUUGCUGAAAUAACUUGAAAGUGUGUAAUAACUUGUUAUUGUGUAAAUACUGAUAUUUAUGUCAUGGAUUUUAUUUAUUUUAUUUUAUGAGCUCAAAAGUUAAUUUAUUGUUCGUUUCAUAUAUUUCUGAUGCUUGUUUUGAAUUUGUAACAGAAAAGUGUCAUCAAUAAAUUAUUUCAACUGAA